CUCAUACACACUCGGAUACACCCAAUGUGUUCCCUGAGCAGGGAAUAAGUGCUGUCUGUAUCAACUGUGCGUUUAAUUAGCACAUUCCUUCUGCACUUGAAGUAGAUGUGCGCCGCUGGGCACGACAACACUCACUAAAGUGCUCGACUUCACUCCUGUCAGAGGAAGACACGAUGGGAUGCGCUUCUAGCACCCAGACCACAGCUCAAGACACAACACGACCCAACACCAAACAAGAUGGGAGCACAUCAGGAACAAGUAAUGAAAAUGGUGGUCCUGCAGCAGACAGUGAGACGAUUCCAGACCAAACCCAGGCUGAGGAAUCUCCACAGACAUGCAGUGCAGCUCCUGAUGCCUCAGAGGAAAUCCAGAGCUCUGAGGCUGCUGUAGCUCACAGUGAACCAGAAGCAGCUGCUGCUGAGGCCGUUACAUCUGACCAGCCUGCUGAACCCGAAUCCAGCCCCUCCACGACAGCUGAGAAUACCGACGAGGCAGCACCAAGUGAAAACACAACUGAGGCCCAGGCUGAAUCUUCCCCACCAGAGGAAGCACCUGCCUCUGGUGAAGAUGGUUAAGUGUGCAUCAUUUGGCACAGUUACUACAGAAUCCAGACUCAACCACGCAUAGUUUAAACAUACAGUGGAACAUUAGCUUAUUUAUUAUAUAGAUAUUUCUUGUUCGUUGCCAAGAUAUAGACCAACUGGUCUUCAGAGACUCUGUGCCUGUCUUUAUAUACAAAGAUUACAAACAUCCCACUCCAGUUAUAGUUUAGUGAAUUAUAAUGGCUGGCUUUAGCUAGAGAUUUCCUUCAAUAUUUAAUAUCGGUGCC